AUGCUGCUUAUCUCCUUUGGCGCAUGGCUGCUUCCCCGUAUACUAGACCCAACGACGAAAGGCCCUGAGCGGCGCGCCAGAGAUCGACGAUGGGUAAACAGCAGCCCGUACUUUCUGGAUCGUCAGGCCUGUCGCUGGAUUAGUCUGUGCGGACUACAUCACUUGCGCAGUGAUCCUGCCUCUCGUGGGAAUGAUGACGGCGAAGAGCCAGAAUGGGGAGAGCUCAAGCGUCGCUCUCUUGCUUGGGAGCCUGAUGAGAUUCCCCGUCCGGAUCGCAAGAGAGAUAUCAAUCAACGACGCAGGGUCCUCCGCGAUAUCCCCGACUAUGUUACAAAGCAUGCGCCUUUAGUUCACCUAUACUCUGGGGAAGAGUUUUGGCCCUCGGACAUACGUCAGCACGUAGAACAUAUGACUGCCUACGCCGAUGAUGAGCCUAUUAACUCGACUAAGAAGUGGACGCUUCACAACUUGCACGAGCUGAAUAAGUAUUCUGGCAAGAUCACUCUCCGAAGUGAUGACGAUGUUGAGUCUCGUCCCAGUUGGCUGCACAGCCAUUACAAUGUUCCCAAGCCGUUUCCUGGCGACAAAGACGAUGGCCAGAACGGCGAUAUACCGGUAGGAAAUACCGGAGGCGAACCCGAGGCCCGGGAGCCCAGCACUUGGUAUGAUGUCGACAAAACACGGCCUGUCCACAAGAUUUCUGACCCUAGAAAUCGAAAAUUUCAGAACCGUCGUCGUUCGGAGCCCAACAGUCACAAACCGGAUGCCAACGGCUACUCAGCAGCUCCUGCAGUGCUUGUUGUGGUUGACAAGGGGUCGGGCAUUGUUGACGCCUUCUGGUUCUUCUUCUACUCCUACAACCUCGGCCAAACUGUCCUGAACAUUCGGUUCGGUAACCAUGUGGGUGACUGGGAGCACUGCAUGAUGCGCUUCGAGCACGGCAUUCCCCGUGGUGUCUUUUUCUCAGAGCAUGAGGGUGGGCAGGCGUACGCAUUCGAAGCUGUCGAAAAGCGCGGUGGCAGACCCGUCAUCUAUUCAGCUGUGGGCUCCCACGCAAUGUACGCGCUACCAGGAAACCAUGCUUACAUCCUGCCAUUCAAGCUUCUCAAGGAUGUCACGGAUAAGGGACCUCUCUGGGACCCCUCUCUUAACAACUACGCAUACCAUUACGACUACACGAAAGAGGACAAUCAUGAAUCGGACGAACAACACGAACCGCUGAGUCUUGUCCCCGCGGCAUCAAACCCUCACGCACCGACAUCUUGGUUCCAUUAUCAAGGGCAUUGGGGUGACGAAGUCUACUCUCUCGCCGACCCCCGUCAGUGGCGUUUCUUCGGUCAGUAUCACUACGUCACUGGCCCAGAUGGACCUAGAUUCAAAACUCUCAAUCGUACAAAAAUGUGUCAAAAUCAGAAUUGUAGAAUUCUCUACAACCUAGAUCCGAAGAACACGUGGUACUAG